GGAUUCAAAGUCUUCACCUUUGAUUUUUAACCGAACGCUGCUCUCUUUCUAUUCGGUUCUUUCCUUUUCGGAGAGAGGUAGAGAGAAAGAGCGAGAUUUUUCAUAUAUAAAACUCAAUCUGAUUUUCCAUUUUUAUUUCAUUUUCCCAGACCCUUUUCCAUUUCUCUAAUCUUCAAUCAAGCUUUCUGUUUCUGGGUUUUCAUUUUCAUAUAUAUCCUCCCUUCUUUUCUCCAUAUUCCACUAAAAAUUCAGUUUCAUCUAAGCAUUUCUCUUCACCCUUUUCUUUUCUGAAUCGAAAGAAAAAGCUUCGAAUUUUUAAGCUAAAAGUCUUCGUCUUUCUGGGGUUUUGUUAAUUUCUCUCAUUUUUUUUCUCCUGAAUCUUCUGAAGUUGAAUUCGGUGUAGGUUUUUCCCUACCAUGGGUUUUAAGGUUGCUCUCAUUCUGUUCCUCUUUUUAGUCUUCUCCGGCGCUUUCCAAGCGCUUGCUGGACUUCACCAUCACAGAAAACACAGUCCCAACGGCUCUUCUCUUGCCGGUAUCGAAUUUCACGAUCACCUGAGCUUCAAUGCCGUCUCGGUUUCGGCGAGUUCCGGGUGUGGCCUUUCAACCACCAAGAAAUCGGAGCUUUCAGAAUCAACGAUGCAGGCGGCAACAAAUGAAGAAGAAGAAGAAUAUGAUGAAGACGGAGAUGUUAUUGUUUCAGCGAAACCGCUGAAGCAACAAUCUGUGAAGCUCCAUCUUAAGCACAACCCGCUUCGCCAAAAAACCGACCCGAAAGAUCCUGCGGUUGAGUUCACAGCCAAGGACUCGACCAGGAUUAAGACUCUCCACACGAGGAUUACAGAGAAGAAGAACCAAAACACCAUUUCAAGGCUACAGAAAGAGAAGCCGGUUGUUGCUCCGGCAGCCUCGCCGGAAUCUUACCCUGGCGGCCAACUGGGUCAGCUCAUGGCGACUUUGGGAUCUGGUGUUACUCUCGGCUCUGGAGAAUACUUCAUGGAUGUGUUUGUGGGUACUCCUCCUAAACAUUUCUCUUUGAUUUUGGAUACCGGAAGCGACCUCAAUUGGAUUCAAUGCGUUCCUUGCUAUGAUUGCUUUGAACAAAACGGUCCUCAUUAUGAUCCAAAAGAUUCAAGCUCUUUUAGGAAUAUCAGCUGCCAUGAUCCUCGAUGCCAGCUGGUUUCUUCUCCGGAUCCUCCUCGGACUUGCAACGCAGAGAAUCAAACAUGUCCAUACUUUUACUGGUAUGGAGACAGUUCAAACACGACAGGAGACUUUUCGCUUGAAACAUUCACUGUCAAUCUGACAGCACCUUCAGGGAAGUCAGUAAUCAAACAGGUGGAGAAUGUGAUGUUUGGCUGCGGCCAUUGGAACAGAGGCCUCUUCCAUGGGGCUGCGGGAUUGUUGGGGCUUGGGAGAGGGCCUCUCUCAUUUUCCUCCCAGCUGCAGUCUCUCUACGGCCACUCUUUCUCAUACUGUCUUGUGGAUAGAAACAGCGACACAAGUGUCAGCAGCAAGCUGAUUUUUGGGGAGGAUAAGGAUCUUCUGAGACACCCAAAUCUGAAUUUUACUUCAUUGAUUGCCGGCAAAGAAAACCCAGUUGACACAUUCUACUAUGUCCAGAUCAAGUCGGUGGUUGUCGGAGGAGAGGUGCUUGACAUACCAGAAAAGACAUGGCUUUUGACAGCAGAUGGUGGUGGUGGUACAAUCAUCGAUUCUGGUACAACCUUAAGCUAUUUUGCAGAGCCUGCAUAUCAGAUUAUAAAGGAGGCGUUUUUGAAGAAGGUUCAACGCUACUCUGUGGUAACAGAUUUUCCAAUUCUGGAGCCUUGCUACAAUGUUUCUGGGGUUGAGAAGAUGGAGCUGCCUGAAUUUGCAAUCCAUUUUGCAGAUGGAGCUGUGUGGAAUUUCCCAGUUGAGAAUUACUUCAUCCGGCUUGAACCAGAGGAUGUUGUCUGCUUGGCAAUUCUAGGGACCCCUCAUUCUGCUCUUUCCAUUAUUGGAAACUACCAGCAGCAGAAUUUUCAUAUCUUGUAUGACAUCAAGAACUCCAGGCUCGGAUAUGCACCAAUGAGAUGUGCUGAUGUUUGACAUUAUGUUUACAAGGUCAGAUGGUAGGAGAAAUAACUGUAAAAAUUGGGAAGGAUUCUGAGGGAGAUUUUUUGGGUUUUUGUUUCAUAUAUGGUAACAUAAAAGAAACUAGAUUCUUUUUUUCUUUUCUUUUUUUCAAUCUUUUGAGCUCAAGUGAUUAUAGAAACUGGGUCAUAAUCUGCUUCACCAGAAAUGUAUCUUUGUCUUAUUCUUACAUAUAACAUUUGCUUCCUUUUGAAUUUGGUUA